UUACAAUUUUAAGAAAGCAGUUCCGUGUUUUUUUUUUUAACUUUUAGUUGUUUGGAUGGAUUAGUACGAUUACUAUCUAUUUAAUUUAUCCAUUCCAGCAAACGGCGGUGAAUAACAUUCAUACAAACACGGACCUGUGCUUUAAUUUCCGUUCACUAUGAGUGUGAGCGAAGUUUCUUCCCUUUUGAACCGAGACAACACAUUCUCAGCCACUCUCGACCAUGAUGGAAAAGUUCCUGUGGAACAUUUAGAUUAUGGGUACAUUGAAAAAUGCAAGAACGUCAAGCAUUUGGAGAAGAUCUUGAGAGUGCUAAGGUCUGGAGAAGAGGGAGUGUACCCCCAUCUGAACCAGUUCUGUGAGGAUCGCGUGAAGAGCCUGGACCCCACAAGUCGAGCCCUGAGAAAGGAGCAACCUGUAGCCACGGCCGCCAGCCUCCCCACAGAGGAAUGGAGCCAAAUCCGUGAAGAUCUACAGCGAUGGCAGGAAGAAUCGAAAGACUUGGAGGCGUUGAUGCUACAACCGUCUAUAUUUCACGGUAUAGGAAAUGAAAAUGUACCGCCCGUACGAGGCACUAACAUUUCUGUUCCCCUCGGCCAGAAUCCAGCAAGCAAGGCAAAGAAUAAGCCCCCAAAACGAGCUCUUCCUCUCGACUACAAAGAUUGGGAUAAGUAUGAUGUUGACAAAGAAUGUGAAAUGAUUGACGGAAGUGAGUCCAAAAAGGAUCCAGCUCCUGUCAUCAAUUCUGGCCACGUCAAAAUCAGAACCAGAGUGGACGUCACAACCCUGACUGAGAAGGAGAAGCUCCUCAUGGCAAGCCGUGAGAAAGACAAAGGCAACGAGGCAUUCAGGGCCAAAGGCUAUGAGGAGGCUGUUGCGUACUACACCAGGAGCCUCUCUAUUGUCCCCACGGUGGCUGUGUUCAACAACAGAGCCCAGGCAGAGAUCAAACUCCAGCGCUGGCACCGGGCCCUACAAGACUGCCAGAGAGUCCUGGAGCUGGAGCCCAUCAACCUGAAAGCAUUGCUGCGCCGGGCUACAGUGUUCCAGCACCAGGGCAGCUUGCCCCUGGCGGCAGAAGACCUGAGGGCUGUGCUACGUGUAGAGCCCCACAACACCGCUGCUGCUAAACAUCUGACUGAAGUGGACAAGAAGAUAAGGGAGGGCCAGCCGGAACUGCCAAUUAAAGGCAGGAAAAUCCUCAUCCAAGACAUAGAGGAAGACGAGGAGGAGGCAGAGGAGCAUGCUCGUCCGGUUGAUCCCAGGCAGCCUGUGGGAGGGGUGGACAGCGUUGUUUCUCCCGUCGAGAGGGGAGACAUGGGCAACGCUCAGAAGAAGCCGUACGGUGGCGGCCGGGGGGACGGGGCCUCGCCGCACAGCGACGCCAGCAACGGCUCCCACGGACACCACCGCAGAGGCCGCGGCGGCAGCUGGGACAAACACAAAGCAGCCGCGCACGAAUCGCCGGGGCCCGGCAAGGCUGCCAACGGCACAGGGAAGAGAGGCUCCACCGCCUCAGAGCCCGGCGCCGCCAAGGGAGGGAGGCCCGCGGGGGUGGACCUGGACGCCCCCUGCGGUGCCUUGCCCCCCCCUCUGGCCCGGCUGAAGAACGAGGGCAACCUGCUGUUUAAGAACGGACAGUUUUCAGACGCACUGGGGAAGUACUCGCAAGCCAUCGCCGGCUUCACGGAAUCAGGAAUCGACAGUCCAGAGGAUCUUUGUAUAUUGUACUCCAACCGGGCAGCCUGCUACCUGAAGGAUGGCAACAGUCAAGAAUGCAUACAGGACUGCAGCAAAGCCCUGGAGCUGCAGCCCUUUUCCCUCAAGCCCCUCCUGCGGCGGGCCACGGCCUACGACUCCAUGGAGCGCUACAGGCCGGCCUACGCCGACUACAAGACCGUCCUGCAGGUGGACAACAGCGUGCAGGCAGCGCACUCCAGCGUUAACAGGAUCACCAGGCUCCUGAUAGAGCAGGACGGGCCCGAGUGGAGGGAGAAGCUCCCUGACAUCCCCCUGGUUCCCAUGGCGGCCCAGCAGCACCGCAGGGAGGAGACCCCCACCCCGGAGGUCCUGCAGGCCCGCGCUGAGAAGGCUGCCCAGGACACAGCGAGGCGGUCGGAGCUGCGCUUCACGGCUCUGAAGCAGGAGGGGAAUGAGUUCGUAAAGAAGGGCCAGUUCCAGGACGCGCUGGGGAAAUACACAGAAUGCCUUAAACUGAAGCCUGAGGAAUGUACCGUCUACACUAACCGGGCACUGUGCUACCUGAAGGUGGAAAAGUUUGCUGAAGCCAAGCAGGACUGUGACGCUGCACUCGGCCUGGAGCCGACCAAUAAGAAAGCCUUCUACAGACGAGCUCUGGCCAACAAGGGCCUAAAGGACUACCUGGCGAGCAGCUCGGACCUGCAGGAAGUGCUCCAGCAGGACCCAGGCGUACAGGAAGCUGAGAAGGAGCUGGAGGAAGUGACGGCGUUGCUCCGCCAGAGCCUGGCCAGCGGCGCCUCCCCCAGGAAGAAGGUUCCCAUCACAGAGGUGGACGGGGACCAGGACAGGAGCGUGGCGGACUCCGCCCCACGGCCCCAGGAGGGCGGGGCCAUCAACAUGCAGCCGGCCGACGCCUACGAGUUCGGACAGUCCCUGAACGCGGCUCGUUCCCGUGGCGACGCGGCCGCCUGCGCCGACCUGCUGUCCUCGGUCGACCCGGAGCGGCUGCCCCGGUUGCUUAGCAACCAGCUGGACGGGCACGUGAUGGCCUUCGUGUUGGAGGCCCUGGACGAACACUUGCUGGCCAGGGACCCCGGCCGGGUGUACCGGCUCCUGCAGAGCCUGCACACCGCCGAGCGCUUCACGGUGGUGCUGAUGUUGCUGGAGACGGCCGAGCGGCGGCGCGUGACGCAGCUGUUUGAGCACCUGUCCUCCGUGCAGAGCGACGACUUCACAAAGGACGACGUGCAGAACAUGGCAAACAUAUACAUCAUCUGAGUCACCUAGCCCCUCCUACCUAUCCUCCUCUACCCCCCCUCUCCUACCUAGCCUCCUCUACCUACCCUCCCCUACCUAGCCUCUCCCACCUAGCCUCUCUUAUCUAGCCUCCCUGACCGGCCGCUCCUAUUAAGCCUCUCCUUCGUAGCCUCUCUUUCCCCUGCAUGAGCUCUGCCUCCAACAUUUAACUACGGAUCUAUGCAAAAAAAACAAAAAAAAAAACAAGGGCACAAGUGAACCACCAGAGAGGGGGAAAAAUAAGUCAAAUACUGGUGGAACGAAGGCUGGUUCAAUACAGGGGUGCCACAGCUGUUGCCACGGAGACGCAUCUUUGCUUUAUCUGUAUGGUGGGGGGGAUCUGCUAACACUAUGUUCCAGUAAGCAAUGAAAGGAUAUAUAUAUUUUAUUUUCUUAUUUCCUCCACAAAACCUUUUGUUCUUCAGAUAUUAUUUUGUACUGUCCUACGAACCGCUUGUUGCAAACACUGGCUCUGACCCACACAGGGACGUAGCAGCGUCUAGCGUGCUAGGCUAUUAUUAUUAUUAUUAUUAUUAAUAUUAUUAUUAUUAAUAACUAAUAACUAAAGGGUGACCUGCAGAGAGAAGGCUCUGGGCACGUUUCCUCAAGAGCACGCUCCACCAAAUAUGGCUCCUUGUGUCCUUGACUUCUCGCUAAGACUUUACCUGAGGUUUUGAGUGGAGACGUUAAGACACCGGACCAGAUCGGUCCACAACAGAGUGGUCUUGGGGACCUGACUGGUCCACAACAGAGUGGUCUUGGGGACCUGACUGGUCCACUGUUCUCGGGUUGGGGACUACGCCCCCGAGACCACCCUGUUGUUGCUUAUCGGACGUUACGCAUGCUGAAUAUUAAGGGCGGGCGAGUCUAUGGGAUACAGUGGAGGGAGAGAGCCACGUUGGAUCAUCCAUGUUUCUCUAUGCAUAUACAACCUUCAAAGAUAGAACAUGGCUUUGCACUGCUAUCUCGGAUGCACUACUUAGAUGUUAACUCAUGCGGUCAAUGAUUAAAGUUGAAACAAGUAUAAUUUUUUUAGAUAUAUAUAUAUGUAUAAAUUAAUUAGCAUAAAAUCGAAUCCGGGUGAAGUCAAACAUCAAAUCAAUUUAGGUUCAAACUCCCUCAUAGACUAUCUAGAAAUGAUCAGGAAAUUAAGUGAGGCCGCAGAUUAGUGCAGGAAGCCUGCUGGUCCACUCCUAGUAUCGCAUGCUAGCCUCCCGCUGUACUGUAGGCGCCAGCACAGCGCUCCAGUCGGCAUGCUGGAACUGGCCAGAUGAGGCAUCUUCUUGAGAUGUGUGCCUUCAGAUGUCAAUUGAGGGGUUGGAAAUUGGAUAUCUUUUCUUUUUGUGUGGGUGUGUAGUUCCGAUUCUGUUAACAUGUGUACGGUUAAAUAGUUCUGCAGCUUAAACGGCAGGGAUCCAUGUGCACUAUCAUUACGCCAUCGUUCAGCAGGGUUUAAUUUGUAACAGGGAGGUUUGGUGGAGGUGGGUGGUCAGGCUUCAUGUUAAGGGUUCUUUGGACAAACUUUUUAUUUAAUGAAAACAUGCUAAUCCAUCAUCUGGCCAUAACCUAAAUGGCUUAUUCGACAUUACUGAAGUUUGGCUACCAUUUUUGUUUACUGUAGUUUUCUAUCCACACGAAUGUACUGUGGUCGAGGAGAGGAGCUGAGCUAUGAGGCAGAGACAGUAAUAACCUGUACAUGUUAUACAGCUCUCUAUGAGGCAGAGCAGUAAUCAGCUGUACAUGUUAAACAGCUCCUAAUGAAGCAGACAAUGAUCACCUGUACAUGUUAUACAACUCACAGGCUGGCAGGACAUGGUUAUUAGUGCUGUUAAAAAAAUAAGUUAUUUUGGAGAGCAUUCAAAUUGUUAUUUUGCAAUAAACAGGCAAAGAUAAACUUAUUUCUCUAUUAUAGAUGUACAUUUUUUUGUGAAUAUCUAAUAAAUAUUAUGUUAUGGAAAAGUGACAUAUUGAAUAAUAAAACAUGAACAAGAAAUUGA